GUGUGUGUAUCUCAUCCUUCGCACAGAUGCGUGUUAUAGUAACUGGCUGCAUAAACUCAUCACACACAUCUGUGCACGAAAGACCCAGGACAUGGAGAGAGCUGCAUUCUAAUGGUUUGUCCUUGAGGAAAACUUCUGAGUCACAGAAGAGCACCCUGCCAACAUGUUCAGCACCAAAAGGCUGAAGAAAAAGUCCCAGUCAGUGGACAUCAGCUCUCCAGGAUUUCCUGCCCGUCUCAUCCCGAGUCUGUCCUUAAACAGAUCUUCUCCACCUGUUGCCAAGACAACAACGUGUGAGGUGCAGGAAAACAACACAACCAAUUCCCAGCACCGUACUCCACGGUGCAGUGAUCUGAAACGAGGAUACACAAUAGAUACCAGCCAGAAGAAGACCCCGGAGAAGAAGGAUGGAAGACGGAUGUCGUUCCAGAGACCCAAGGGCACCAUCGAGUAUUCCGUGGAAUCACGGGACACUCUGAACAACAUCGCGCUGAAGUAUGACACUACACCCAAUGAGCUCGUUCAACUCAACAAACUCUUCUCCAGAAACGUGGUCCCCGGUCAGGUUUUAUAUGUUCCUGACCCAGAGUAUGUGUCCAGUGUGGGCAGCUCUCCCUCGUUCAGUCCCAGCAGCCCUCUGUCUCCCACCUCCUCAGAGGCCGACCUGGAGAAAGUGACCACCACGGACUCCAGUGGCCCUCCCCGCUCCGAGGCUCCAGCCCCUCCAGUCCUCUCUGCCCUGCGGCCCUCCCGUGUGGUUUCCUCCACUUCAGAGGAAGAGGAGGCACUGACAGAGAAGUUUCUCAAAAUCAACUGCAAGUACAUCACAGAUGGCAAGGGUGUUGUUAGUGGGGUGUUGCUGGUAACACCCAACAACAUCAUGUUUGACCCUCACCGGACGGACCCUCUGGUUCUGGAGAGAGGAUGUGAGGAGUACGGCAUCAUGUGUCCACUGGAGGAGGUUCAGUCAGCUGCCGUCUACAGAGAGAUCACAGACAGCAAGAUCCGAGACUCUGUGCCCCCGGAUCUUGAUGCUGUGUUCUCCGAAAGCUCUCAGCAAAUGGAUCAGCGUCUGCGGGAGGGUUACGACAGUGCCAGCACAGCUCCUCGCAGCACCGAGGGCUCCAUCUCGGAGGAUGUCUUCACCGAGUCGGAGCUCUCGCCCAUCCGUGAGGAGCUGCAGUCCACAGAGGAGCUCCAACAGGAGGCCAAAUCAUCAGGAGCCUUGUCCCAAUCCGUGCAGACUCUCACCCAAGAACCUCAGACAGAUCAGACCUGCCAUACAGAUAAGAAGGACAAGCCUAAACCAGAGGCACCAAAGGAGGGAGAACCAGCCAGUGACACUGCCCAGCCCACCAACCGCGAACAGCCCAGCCAGGAGCAGCCAAGCACACCCACCAGCAGGGACCACCAGCAGCUGCACUACUGCCAGACCGAAGAAGUCGCCCCCUCCUCAGGUUCUCAGAGCUCUGCCCCUGGAGUAGAGGAAGCCACCGUGCAAGAAAGUAGCUUAGAUGGGGCUAAACUGACCCUAGAGGGCACUCGAGAUUCAGAGACAGAUGUAGAGGAGCUGAGAAAGAUGUGGAAGAGUCACACUAUGCAACAAGCCAAGGAACAGCGAGAGAGCGUCCAGCAGGCCCAGAGAGAGAAUAUCCAGCAGUCCAAGGGCAGCCAGAGAUUGAGCUCUGCUGAGGGUCUCAUGGUGUCCAAGGAGAGGUGGAAAUCUCACAAGUUUCUGUGUCUGCGGAUUGGUAAAGCCAUGAAAAAGACAUUUUUGUCCAACGCCAGUGCCUCAAUGCAGCAGUACGCACAGCGUGAUCGCAAACAUGAGUACUGGUUUGCUGUUCCCCAGGAGAGGUCAGACCACCUGUAUGUUUUCUUCAUCCAGUGGAGCCCUGACGUUUUUGGGGAGGGGGUUGGAAGCAUCACCCGUGAUCCUGGCUUCAUCGUGGUGAAGAAAAUCGAGGAUUCAAACGAGGAGGCAAAAGAAGAGCAGCAAACAAAAGAAAAUUCUGUUAAGGAGUGGGAGGUAGUGUCAUGGACUGAGUAUCACCGCAGGAUCGAUGCACUAAACAGUGAAGAUCUUCGCUCCCUAUGCAAACGCCUUCAGAUCACCACAAAGGAGGAUGUGAACUCUAAACAUGGCACGUCCAUCACCGCCAGCCUGGAGCCAGAGACCUUCAAACCAAGCCUGAACGAACCCAGUGACCUUCUGGAGGCUGAGCAGAUCGAGAAGUUGGCGAAACAUCUCCCGCCUAGGACCAUCGGUUACCCGUGGACUUUGGCUUUCAGCACGUCUAAACAUGGCAUGAGCAUUAAGACGCUGUACCGGACGAUGCAGGCUCAGGACUCACCCGUGCUGCUGGUCAUCAAAGACAGCGAUGGACAGAUCUUUGGAGCUUUGGCGUCAGAACCCUUCAAAGUCAGUGAGGGUUUCUACGGCACAGGAGAGACUUUCCUUUUCACAUUCUAUCCCGAGUUUGAGGCAUACAAAUGGACAGGUGAUAAUCUGUUCUUCAUUAAAGGAGACAUGGACUCUUUAGCCUUUGGUGGAGGAAGUGGUGAAUUUGGUCUUUGGUUGGAUGGAGAUCUUUAUCACGGCAGAAGUCACUCAUGCAAAACCUUCGGGAAUCCUAUGCUGUCCACGAAGGAGGAUUUCUACGUCCAGGACAUUGAGAUCUGGUCAUUUGAGUAGCAGCUUGCGGGGAAAACAUCUCCAAUUUCAGAGAGAGGAAUUGGACAUCAGGCAGAGCCCAAAACCUAUCUGCUUAUUGUUGCGGCUCCCAGGAAGCCUGUAACGGACGCUACUGUUACCGCGCUUGUCAUAUGUUACUCCUGCAUUUAAUACAGAGCUCUUUGUGCUGUUUAGUAUGUGUGUGUUUUGUUCAAGCCGUGUGCAGCGUUAAUAACAAACUGCAGGAUGUAGAGAUGGCCUUGGGUAUCAAAGGACCCCCUGAGCGCUUUCCACAUUAAGUGGAAAUGAUAAUGGCAAAGGUUUGGGCUGCCUGAAAACUGCCAUGGUGCAAUUUACCUGAGCCAAUGCUCCAGGUAACUGUUUAAGAGCUGAUGUUAGCCAAUUUGAACUCACUAAUGCAACACGGGAUUCGAUGGGGAGUGAAAAGCAAACACCUGAAAACAUAUUCCCUUGAUCUCGGAGGACAAAUAUAAAUUUUUUGAGAUGGGACAUCGAUUUUAAGGAUCACAAUGGCAUCUGUAAGAAGAACGGAAAUUGAUAUCACAUCUGUAGUUUCUUUUGAGGCAAAAUAUUCAAGUGUCGUGAAUUUGUAGUCUUUCUGUCGUUCACUACAUUGGCACACCAUGUCGAAGCACAUAAUCGCAAACCCCAUAGUUGUAAUGUUCUGUUCAGUGGGUUUACGUGUGAGUGUGGCUAACACCGGCCCUUUCACUUUUGGAAGGGUCGACUUUACUGUUCGUAGGCAGAAAUGUGUCGCAAUAGAUUUGUGGAAUAUGCAAAUUCCUGUCCUGUGACCUCAAAUAAUCCAGAUGGGGCACUUUUGUUUUCCCCGUCUCUCUUUCAGAGAUCUUUUACGUCUUGACAAAUUAAUUGCUUUUCACGUUAUCAUAUGAAAAGCCUGAGAUGUGGUUUAAUUUAUAUAUAUAAUAUAGAUAUAUAAUGACAAAUCUGUAUUUAUGUAUAUGAUUUUUAUUUAUAUAUAUAUAUAUAUAUAUAUAUAUAUAUAUAUAUAUAUAUAUAUAUAUAUAUAUUGCUGUUAUAGUGAUAUUUUUUGGUGCUGAUAUCUCAGCUGUUACUAAUAUAAUGUAUAUUAUCCUGUAAAUUAAUGUUAAAAUAGUAGGUUUGUUCCUAUAUAUAAAUAUAUAAACAAAUAUACAGUGUGGAUUGGUGGGUUGCUUCUCGCACUUUAAUAAUCUAGUUUAAAGCCAGGUUCUUCAGGCCUCAGUAGCAGUACAGUAUAUAGUUUUGUUUAUCUGUCUCUUAGAUUAUAGAGUACCUAAUCGUUUAUUAAGAGCUACUGCUACUGUGGAGAGGAAGUGCCCUAGACGGGCAUCUCAAGGAUCGAGCACAGGGUCAAAUUUGACGGACUCCAGCAGGGAAAGACUCUUCUUCUAACGUGUCCUUUCCCAGCGUUUUCGUCUGGUCUUUUGUUUCUUUCGCUGUGUAGACUGACUGUGCACAGAGUGAGAGGAACCGUCAAUGUUCUUCCACAACAGUGGAUACGUCCGAUGAGAAGUGCAAGCCGCCUUCUACUUCACCGGAAUAUAAUGUUACAGUGAUGUAUAAAGAACAAUGAAAACUAAUAAAUUGUUGUAACCUGG